GCAUCAGCCCCGGGCCCCUCCCAGAGCCUUGGUCUCAAUGUCCACAACAUGACCCCAGCUACCUCCCCAAUAGGUGCAUCAGGAUUAUUAAGUCUGGCGGACCAAGUUCUCUGGGUGCCUUUUCUACCCUCCGGAGCUGGCGUUCUUAAAAGACUGUUGUCAUUCCAUGAGUUCUGGCAAACCGGUGAAGCCUUUGAUCAGCCUCUCCAAGCGUAGUUUUAACCGUAUAUCAUAAAACGGAGGAUUACAAAGGAAACCAAUUAUACAGAAAUACGGUUAUCACAAUGUUUUUAAAGAUUGUGACAUAGUAAUUUAUGUGCUUCCAUGAUAAUGCUUUAAAUAAAAGAUCUAGCAGCUAAUCAAACAGCUACUGUAAUUUCGGCCCCCUGAUUUCCGUCUCCAUCUGUGGGAAAGAACCUCUGCUCUGGGAGCAGAAAUGAACAACAGGGCCUGUGUGCAGGGAGCGAGAAACCAGAUGAUGUGUUUGGCCUCUGGGCUAGUUCCAGGGUUUGGAUCAGAAAGAAACACAGAAGCCCUUUCCUCUGUCUGACUGCUAGUCUUUAACAUACUUAAAACUAGUUUCACCUAAAUUCUUCUUCUGCUUGAAGAUGGUCUUGGUCCUGUUUCCAUCGAUGCCUUCGAACACUUGCAUAAUGCCUUCCAUUUGCUAGGCACUGUGGUAGGAGCUAUGGAUGCAGGCAAAGAUGGGCAAGUCUCACCCAGCAGGAGUGUCCGAGGACCCCGUGUCUGGCAGGAGGGGAUGUCCUCGUGUGGAGAUCUCCAUGCUGGUGCGGCACAGGUAGUUUCUGCCUCCCGCUGCCAACUCUGUGGUGUCAGGUUUUUUUUGGAGAAUUUCACACAAGUGUUUAUCUGACUGUGAAAAUUCUGCCUUAAACAAACAAACAAACAAACAAACAAACAAACAAACAAACAGGAUUGGGGUGCCUGGCUGGCUCAGUCAGUAGAGCAUUCGACUUUUGAUCUCAGGGUCAUGAGUUCAAAGCCCCACGUUGGGUGUGGAGCCUACUUAAAUAACCACCCCCCCCCCAAAUAAAACACCCCAGAAUUAUUACUUUUGAAAAUAGGGAACAUCCUUCCAUAUCCCAUUAUAGUUGUUAUUCCAAACCCUCCAAAUUUGCUUGACAUGUUUUAUUAUCUGUUUUACAUUUUGGUUUGUAUCGGUUGUUAUCAGCUAUCCACUGAGUGCUGUAGGUUCAUGCAGCCUUUAUUUCAUACCUUUGCAUUUAAAUCCUGUCGUGUGUUUGUUAGGUUCUGUUCUGGGUCACGUCGCAUAUAGUCUAGUAAGAGAAGACAAACUGUGUUUAAAAACCAUAAAAUCUGUCAGGUGGCGCGAAUUCUUGUGGAGAAAAGAGAGAAUUAUGUUGGGAGUCAGUAUUGGCGAGGGAGGAAGGCAUUGCUGUUUUAAGGUAGAGACGACUGUAGGCCUCAUUAAGAAGAUGACAUUUCAACAGAAGCCUGAAUGAAGCUGGGGAGCAAACCAAGUGGUUAUCUGUUGGGUGUUCUUUCCUGACAGAAGGAACAGCAGAUGCCGAGGUCCUGGGGCAAAAAUGGACUUGGUGAUGAUUGAUGCAGAGUGGUCGUCUUCAAUUUCCCUUCAAUUUCCUUCUCCGGUUUUGAUACAGAACUUUGUUAUUUAAUAGUGGUACCUUUGUAGAAAUUUCAACAAAAUCAGAAUCAUGCUUUUAUAAUAAAUUGUCUUUGGCUAAGAAUGCUGUUAGCAGUGACAAAAUUAUAACCCUUCGUCCUAUUGUUGAUUGCUAAUCCAGUAUUUAAAUCUUUUUUUUCUUCUUCAGAAAGAAGCCCUAUUGUUUCCACUUGGUCUAUAGCUUCGUCUCCCCCCACUUGGGGGAGAGAGAGGGCUGGAGGGUGAUUCAGAAGCAAGCUGGAGGCCCAGCUCAGGCACAAGUCCCAAGGCCAGAGGGCUGUAGUGAGACCCCUCACAUCUGCGGGGCUUGGGAGGCUCUUGGUGGUGUUGAAAUCUUUUUUGGUUUAGCUGUACCUGGUGUGCCCUAUACCAGCACAGUCAUUUCGUCUCAUUGGGGUGACUUUUCGGCUACCCAAGGGGGUCAUGUUUUGCAUGUAUUUUGGCCACCAAAAGGGGGAGGAUGUUCUGUAUGUGUUUUUAUUAUAAUGGGCUGCAUUGUAUGACAUUAUUGCUAGGAUCAUGAUAUUUAUUUUGUGAACCUGGAGGAAGUCUGACGUCUUCUUAGCUCUGGGAAUCAGCUUCCUGUUUCGACCUGGGCUUGAUCCCUUUUUUGUCCUCCUCUGUCUCCAUUCAGGUCAACCUGGUCCUUGAGCUUCUGUUGCCUCUGACUCCAACCAAACUCCCCGCUAGCACUCUGCCCACAUAGUGGGACGUGAACAUCACAAAAUUGCCGCUUCCACUCCUUAGUUCGUGCUCUCAAGUCUAGGGAAGGCACAGAAGUAAAUGGUGUGUGAGAGUGGUUUCCAGAAAAUGCAGUUCCUAUCCCUUGAGGGACUUGAUGGCUCAGUAGGCGAGAUCAGACACGUCACCUGCUCAGAAGUCCUCCUUGUUUGCACCUGAAUGCAGUCCAGGAACUUUCAGGGUCCUCUGUGAUGAGCCCCCCCCCCCCCUUUCAUUUAACUUCAUUUCCUGUUUUCAGAGCAACUCUGCUCCUGCUCCAGGAACCAUCACACUCACUCCAGAUACUUCAAACCCUUAGAAAUUGUGCUGCACAUGCCAUUCUUAAUUUUGUGUGCAUUUAUGUUGUUUUGCUAACUAGAUUGCAAACUCUGAAUAAAGCUAUCUUACAUUUCUCUUCUCUGUUGAGCUCAUAGUAGGUCUGCAUCCAGGAAGUAAUUCUCUUUUUUUGAUUUGGGAAUAUGCUAGCGGUUUUUCUCGCCAUCUGUCUCCAGGCUCCCGAUUGGAGUCUAAGGGCGUGCAUUUAAGAAAUGCUAAUGUUUUAAUUAAAACAACAACAAAAAGAAAUACUGAUAUUUUGACACACAGCCUUCUAAGACGGGAUCAUGAAGAAACAGAAAAUCUAAAUAGCCUGAUUACUAGUAAGGAGACUUGAGUCUGUAAUCAAAAACCUCCCAACAAACAAAAGUCCAGGACCAGACACAGCUUCACUAGUGAACUCAAGGAAUUAAUACCAACCCUUCUCUAACUCUACCCCCGCCCCGCCGCCGCAAAAAAAAAGAAGAGGAAGAGGGACGGAUACUUCCAGACAAUUCUGUGGGGCUAGCCAUUACCCUAGUGCCCAAACAAAUCAGGAAAGGACACCACGAGAAAAGAAAAUUAUAGGCCAGUAUCCGUGAUGAAUAUAGGUGCGGAAAUCCUCAACAAAAAUAUUAGCUAACUAAAAUCAGUAGUACGCUAAAGGAUCAUACGUAUACUGUGAUCAAGUGGGAUUUAUUUCUGGGAUCUAGGGAGGGUUCAACAUCUGCAUGCCAACCAGUGCGAUACACCACAUUAGCAAAACGAAGGAUAAAAAUCGUAUGAGCUUGCAGAAUAAGCGUUUGACAAAAUUCAACAUCCAUUUAUGAUAAAAACUCUGAACAAAGUGCGUAUAGAGGGAAUGUGCCUCAGUGUAAUAAAGGCAUGUUUGGUCCACAGCUAAUGUUACACUCAAGGGUGAAAACCCAAAAACUUUCCCUCUAAGAUUACGAACCAAAGAAGUUUGCUCGUUCCUGCCACUUUUAUUCAACCCAACUUCGGAAGUCCUGACCAGGCAAUUAGGCAAAAACAAAACAAAAACAAAAACCACACAUCAGGAUUGGAAAGGAAGUAGAACUGUCACUAUUUGCAGGCGACUUGAUACUCUGUGUACAAAACGCUGAAGACUCCACCCAAAUACUGUUAAAACUUGAUAAUGAAUUCAGUAAAGUUGUCAGCUAAAAAAAUCAAUAUACAAAAAUCUCUUGUGUUUCAAUACGCUUGUAAUGGACUAUUGGAAAUAGAAAUAAAAUAAUCCCAUUUACAAUUGCAUCAAAAAGAACAAAAUAUCGAGGAAUAAAUUUAACCAAGGAGGUGGAAGAUGUAUGCACUGAAGACUACAAGGUGUUGAUGGAAGAAUUUUAAAAAGACACAGAUAAAUGGAAAGAUCUUCUGUGCUCAUGGAUUGAAAGAAUUAAUAUUGAUAAGAUGUCCAUACCAAGCUAAAGCAAUCUGUGGAUUCAAUGCAAUCCCUAUGAAAAUUCCAGUGGCAUUUUCACAGAAAUAGAAUAAUCCUAAAAUUUAUACAGAACCACAGAAGACGCCAAAUCGCCAAAACAGUCCUGAGAAAGAAGAACAAAGCUGAAGGUGUCACACUACCUGAUUUCAAGCUGUUACAAAGCUAUAGUAAUCAAAAUUGCAUGACCUGGCAUAAAAACAUUCACAUAGGUUAAUGGAAAAGAAUAGAGAGCCCAGAAACUGACCACCCAUAUAUGGUCAAUUAAUUUAUGACAAAGGAGCCAUGAAUGUACAUUGGGGGCGGUCUCUUCAGCAAAUGGACAGCCAUAUGCGGCAGAAUGAAACUGGACUGUCUUACGCCACACAAAAAGUAGCUGAAAAUGGGUAAAGACUUGAACGUAAGACUGGAAACCAUGAAACUCCUAGCAGAAAGCAUAGGCUUAUGGUAAGUACCUUGACAUCAGUCUUGGCGCUGGUUUUUGGCUCUGACUCCAAAAGCAAAGGUAACAAAAGCAAACAUAAACAAGUAGGACCAUAUCAAAGUAAAAAGCUUCCGUGAAGCAAAGGAAACCAUCAACACUGAAAAGGCAGCUUAUAGAAUGGGAGAAAAAAUUUGCAAAUUGUGUAUCUGAUAAGUGGCUAAUAUCUAAAAUACACGAGGAACUAGACCUAACUGUGAGACCUGAAACCAUAAAAAUCUUUGGUAUACUGCUGUUAACCAAACUACAGAUGAAUCUCCUUUGGUCUGUGACAGUUUCUCAGUGUUUCUGUGCUUUUCAUUUUCUUGACAGUUUUGAAGAGCGUUGUAUAGAAUGUCUCUUAAUUUGGCUUCGUCUAGUGUUUUUCUCAUGAUUAGUCUGGGGUGUGGGGUUUUGGGGGGAGAGUAUCACACAGGCAAAGGGCCCUGCCGCACUGCCGGUCACGUUGACCUUCACCACCGAGUUAAGCUGCAGUCUGCCAGGUCUCUCUACUGUGAAGUAACGAUUCUUUUCCCUUUCCAGACUCAAUUCUUCAGUGGUGAGUUCUUAAGUCCAGCCUACCCCACUCAAGCAGUGGGAGCUAAGUUUUACCUUCUGGGGUGGGGAGUAUCUACACAUAGAUACAUUAUAUGGGAUUCUUCUGUAAGGGACAUUCACCCCCUUCUCCCCAGUUACUAAGUUAAUGCUUACAUACAUCGGUAUGAACUCAUGUAUAUUUAUUUUGUACUUUGAGUUAUAAUUCAAAUUAUUAUUUAUUUUUGCUUUAUUAUUUUACACAAAUUGUUCUAGCUUUGGUCAUUGGGAUCUCUUUUGGGUUGACGACUCUGUUUGGCACAGUCAUCCUUUUAUUUUUAUUUUUUUUGAGCACUGUCUUGCUGGCACUAUCAGAUGCCCCAGGCUCAUCCCAUCUUUGUUUUGCACUAGCUGUAGACUCCACCGUUUCUCCAAGGAGCCGUCAAGAUCUUUUGAGUCCAGAUGUAUGAUUCUUGGCAUGAUCCACCCUUUUGACACUAAGGAAGGGAAUACUCUGUCUCAUAAAUAAGAAGAUCAAACCAUUUUUCUAAUUCGAGUUGUUGGUCUUCUUGUCUCGAUAUUUUAGAUACCACUAUAUUUCUUUACACGUUUGAAGUUUCAUUUUAUUUGUGUUUAGUCACAAGAACAAAAUGUUUUCACUAGGAAGUUAGCUGCUGACUGAAUAUAUGAGUCGGUUUUAUGGAGUAGAAAAUGUUCAUUAUAAGUCGUGUUGAGAGGGUGAGUUUGGUAUUGGCCAAAGAAAGUACUAGUGUACUUUGUAUUUUCCAUGAAUGUUAACCUUUUAGCUUAGUUCAUUGUCAAGAUCUAUGUUAAAUAAGCCUUAGAAUUUUGAUAAGUAGUGGAAGGAAUGAUUCUUUUUAUAACACUAAUACCUUUUUAAGUUUUGCUUUUAUAAUUUUAUUUAUUUUAAUGUUUAUUUUUGAGAGAGAGAGCACGAGUGGGGGAGGGGCAAAGAGAGAGAGAGGGCGACACAGAAUCCGAAGCGGGCUGCAGACUCUGAGCUGUCAGCACAGAGCCCGACACAGGGCUCGAACCCACAAUCCUUGAAAUCAUGACCUGAGCCAAAAUCGAACACUUAACCGACAGAGGCACCCAGGCGCCCCAGCUUUUAUAAUUUUAGGAUGUAGAAACAUAUAGCUUUGAUUUAAAAUAGCCGCGAUCAAAGAAUUGUUCAGCAGUUUGGGGUAGAGGAAAUAGUAGCAUUUUCCUUGGAGUCAAGAGACAUGUGUUUUAAUCUUGCCUCUGUUUCUGACUUGCUAAAGGAAGUUCUUAGACUUCACAGGUCUCCAUAUUCUCAUCCGUCAAAGAAGAAGAUGGCUAAGAUUGUAAAGUCACUCCCCACCACCCGCACACCUUUUUAACAGUUUUAUUGGGGCUUUAAGGUACCUUCUGGCAAUUCUGUGCUUCUUUUUAUACUGUAAUUUAGCAAGCCCCUUUGUGUGUGUGUGUGUGUAAAAUACUGGACUAGAUCUAGUGUUACAGCUUAAAUAGGCACUUGGUCUGGCUUAUACCUGAAAGGAAAUAGCAUUCAGGAAAUACUACCGUUCUGGGAGGCAAAUCUUAGAGAAAUAAAAUCCUCCUUAUUUCCUUUAAAAUUAUGGCCUUCCCGCACAGAAUGGAUAAUUUACCUUUAACAAGCUCUUAUUAGUAAUAAAAGUUUGGAUAGCUGCCAUCUUGAAAGUUUGUAGUUCAUAUUUUACUAAGCAGGCAAGGCUUACUUACACACCCUCAGUUUUUGAAGAAUUGUUUUUAAAUUUUUAAAUCUCGUCAAAGAGAACCGGAGAUUAUAUCUGUUUUAAUUCUUCAAUACCUGCCCUUACGGAGAUGAAGAAGCGGGGUUCUCCAUUCCUUGAAAUUUGGCUUCCUGACAGCGAUUUCCCAAGUUAGGAAUGGUAGAGAAUGAGGACCGAGGACCACAGAAGCCUGUGUGUGUGAUUUGGAAACAAAGUGAUAUUUUGUGUUGUUGCUCGAUUUGGCUUUAGCCAAAUCAGUAGUUGAUUUAUAUGGAUUCAAAGACACCGUACGUUUUUUUAAGUUUAAGACCGCAACGAGGUCACCCAAAUUCUGGAGGGUGUGGACAGACCGAGGAACACUGCGAUACGUAGUAAACUCUGGGGAGAACUGCCCCACUGGACCCAGGAUGUGAAGAGCCCGUGGGGAGGGUUCAGGAAAAGAAUUCAGAUGAUAUACUUGAUGUUUUAUAAAAAUAUCGCAACCACAGUAUCCUGGACUCUAUGGUGAACUCUGGCACUGUGUUACCGUAGGGUUAUCGUACACGUAGCAUAGAAGAGUGUGCUAUGUUAUGAACACAGUGUUUUUGAACAACUUAGUUUAAUUUUAAGACUGGUUUUAUAAGGUAGAAAUUUUAAAGCUGCUUAACUGAUAUCCCAUAAAAGUUGCUGAACUUUAUUAUUGAUUAAUUUUAUUUAAAAAUGUCAGACCUUUCCUUGUGAUACGUGUCUUGAUUCUAGCUAUCAGGAAUGGAUGGAUGUUUUGUGAUCUUCAGUAAAUAGCUACUGAGAACUCACUUUGGGUUACAUUCUUGAAUGUUUAAGAAAACAUUCUUAAAGUUUUACUGUCUUCUCUGAGCUUAGUUCAAAUUGUUGCCACAUCAGAUGUUUUCUGUAUUUUCCUUGAGUCUACUUAGGAAUAGUCAGGAUUCAGUGUCUUUUCUCUUUUAUGAGUCCCGAGGAAGCUUUAAGAAACAGAUGCGUUAAAACCUGUGAAGAAUGGAUGAACGUUUAGUGAUCUUCUUCAAUGAGAGAGACACAUAGGAGUGGCAGGUUUACUCUCCUGGAGUGCUGGGAGGGUUAAAGGUUAUCCACUUGGUAGUUAUUUUAGCUACAAAUGGCAACUCAAGUUUUUUUGGUUUUUUUUGUUUUUGUUUUUUGUUUUGUUUUUUUUUUAACCUGAGUCUGAUUUUCCUUGCAGCAACAUAGGUAUAUAUUUUUUAAAGCACUUGCAAAUGCCUGGGUAAAACUUUUUUGUGGAAAGAUAUUUGUAGAGUUAAAGUAUUUUUUUAAAUUCUGUGGGAUGAACAUGGUUUCAAAGACACGGAUGAGAAAUAAUCGGCCCCGUACGCAGGGCUGUGGUUCACUGUACUGUAGGUUCCAUGAAAGCAAGGUCAAUGUCAGGGUUUUUAUUUUCCCCAUCAUCAGAUGAGAUGUUCAGUCAGUGAAUGAUCUGUAUUUAAGGACAUUGGUUAUCGAUGGCUCUGUUUGCAUGUUGUCAACAUUUUUGUGCAGAUCGUAAGCAUACAGCAAAGUUGAAAGACUCGGAACGAACACCUGCAUACCUGCCAUCUAGCUCCUACCGUUAACAUUGUGGUCUAUUUGCUUUAUCACACAUCUGUCCAUCUGUAUAUCUCUAUAGCCAUUUAUUAAUUUAUCUUCUUUCUGGCACGUUUCAAGGAUUUUUUUCUGGACAAUCACGGUAGCUAAUUUGUAUCCAGGGACCAUAUUUGAACUGGCGAAAGAAAAAGCGAUGAGGAGUCCGUUUUAGUUACCAGAUGUAGCUCUGUCGCUGACCUCAGGCGACGUAUAUGGAUGCACUCUGAUUUCUUGCUGAUGUUUCCAUGACUUUAACGUCACACUGUUAGCACGAUCUCCCGAUAGAGAAUCCUCAUUUGCUGACUGUUUUGGUGGUGUGGAUGCCGAUUGUGUAUGACUACUGUUGCCAUUACAAGUGGCUUUCAUGUUACUUCACAGGAAACUUAAAUUUCUCGUGUCUUUUCUGGUUAGGAGUAGCUCAUCGAAGCCAGAGCAGUGAAGGAGUCAGUUCUCUCAGCAGCUCGCCCUCCAAUAGCCUUGAAACCCAAUCUCAGUCUCUCUCGCGUUCCCAGAGCAUGGAUAUCGAUGGUGUCUCUUGUGAAAAAAGCAUGUCCCAGGUGGAUGUGGAUUCAGGAAUCGAAAAUAUGGAGGUUGAUGAAAACGAUCGGAGAGAAAAAAGGAGCGUCAGCGAUAAGGAGCCUUCAUCGGGUUCUGAAGUGUCCGAAGAACAGGCCUUACAGCUGGUCUGUAAGAUCUUUCGUGUCUCCUGGAAGGACCGGGACAGAGACGUCAUCUUCCUUUCUUCUCUUUCUGCACAAUUUAAGCAGAACCCAAAAGAAGUGUUCUCCGAUUUUAAGGACUUGAUUGGCCAGAUUUUAAUGGAAGUGCUAAUGAUGUCUACCCAGACUAGAGAUGAAAAUCCAUUUGCCAGUCUGACGGCCACAUCGCAGCCAAUUGCGGCGGCUCGGUCCCCGGACAGAAAUCUCAUGCUAACUACCGGCUCCAACCCAGGAGCGAGCCCCAUGUUCUGCGGUGUGGGCUCCUUCGGUGCCAGCUCGUUGUCUAGUUUGGGAGCCUCUGGUGGGACAGGUACUUGGGAUUCCUACAGUGACCAUUUCACCAUCGAGACCUGCAAGGAGACAGACAUGCUGAACUACCUCAUCGAGUGUUUUGACCGAGUUGGAAUAGAGGAAAAAAAAGCACCAAAGAUGUGCAGCCAGCCAGCGGUCAGCCAGCUUCUGAGCAACAUCCGCUCACAGUGCAUAUCCCACACCGCGCUAGUUCUACAAGGUUCCCUCACACAGCCAAGGUCCGUGCUCCAGCCGUCCUUCCUGGUGCCGUAUAUGCUCUGCCGGAAUCUCCCGUAUGGCUUCAUGCAGGAGCUGGUGAGAACCACUCACCAGGACGAAGAAGUGUUCAAGCAGAUCUUUAUCCCCAUUUUACAAGGCCUGGCUCUCGCUGCCAAAGAGUGCUCCCUCGAUAGUGACUACUUUAAAUACCCCCUCAUGGCUUUAGGUGAGCUCUGUGAAACCAAGUUUGGGAAGACACACCCUGUGUGCAAUUUGGUUGCUUCUUUGCCGUUGUGGUUGCCGAAAUCCUUGAGCCCUGGCUCUGGGCGGGAGCUGCAGAGGCUCUCUUAUUUGGGGGCUUUCUUCAGUUUCUCAGUCUUUGCAGAAGACGAUGCUAAGGUGGUUGAGAAAUACUUCUCAGGGCCUGCCAUUACCCUGGAAAACACUCGCGUGGUUAGCCAAUCACUGCAGCACUACUUGGAGCUGGGAAGGCAAGAGCUCUUCAAGAUUCUGCAUAGUAUUUUGUUAAAUGGUGAAACCCGCGAGGCGGCUCUCGGGUACAUGGCAGCUGUGGUCAAUGCCAAUAUGAAGAAAGCACAGAUGCAGACAGAUGAUAGAUUGGUAUCUACAGAUGGAUUCAUGCUGAAUUUCCUUUGGGUGCUGCAGCAGCUAAGUACAAAGAUCAAGUUAGAGACGGUGGACCCCACGUAUAUAUUCCACCCAAGGUGUCGGAUUACUCUUCCUAAUGACGAGACGAGAGUGAACGCGACUAUGGAGGACGUGAACGACUGGCUGGCUGAACUUUAUGGAGAUCAGCCUCCAUUUUCUGAGCCGAAAUUCCCUACGGAAUGCUUUUUUCUUACCCUGCACGCCCACCACCUCUCUAUUCUGCCAAGUUGCCGUCGCUACAUCCGCAGACUCCGGGCCAUCCGGGAGCUCAAUAGAACCGUGGAAGAUUUGAAAAAUAACGAAAGCCAAUGGAAAGACUCCCCGCUGGCCACUAGACACCGCGAAAUGCUGAAGCGCUGCAAGACUCAGCUUAAGAAACUGGUACGGUGCAAGGCCUGUGCUGACGCUGGUUUACUUGACGAGAGCUUUCUGAGAAGAUGUCUGAAUUUUUACGGCCUUCUCAUCCAGCUGCUGCUCCGUAUCCUGGACCCCGCCUAUCCCGACAUAACACUGCCUUUAAAUUCAGAUGUCCCCAAGGUUUUUGCAGCAUUGCCUGAGUUUUAUGUAGAAGAUGUUGCUGAAUUUUUAUUUUUUAUUGUACAAUACUCUCCUCAGGUGCUUUAUGAGCCCUGUACUCAGGACAUUGUGAUGUUCCUCGUUGUGAUGUUGUGUAACCAGAACUAUAUCCGAAAUCCAUAUCUGGUGGCCAAACUAGUAGAAGUCAUGUUUAUGACCAACCCUGCUGUUCAGCCACGAACCCAGAAGUUUUUUGAAAUGAUUGAAAACCAUCCUCUCUCCACCAAAUUGUUGGUCCCUUCACUGAUGAAGUUUUAUACAGAUGUGGAGCAUACCGGAGCCACCAGCGAGUUCUACGACAAGUUUACCAUUCGCUAUCACAUUAGCACCAUUUUCAAGAGCCUUUGGCAAAACAUAGCUCACCAUGGCACCUUCAUGGAGGAAUUCAAUUCGGGGAAGCAGUUUGUGCGCUACAUAAACAUGCUGAUAAAUGACACGACGUUUUUGCUCGACGAAAGUCUGGAGUCUCUGAAGCGGAUCCAUGAAGUGCAAGAAGAAAUGAAGAACAAAGACCAGUGGGACCAGCUGCCCCGGGAUCAGCAGCAAGCCCGUCAGUCCCAGCUUGCUCAGGACGAACGCGUUUCACGCUCCUAUCUCGCCCUGGCAACAGAAACCGUGGACAUGUUCCAUAUCCUCACCAAGCAGGUCCAGAAGCCAUUCCUCAGACCGGAGCUGGGACCCCGACUGGCUGCAAUGCUCAACUUUAAUCUUCAGCAACUCUGUGGCCCCAAGUGCCGGGACCUGAAAGUAGAAAACCCUGAGAAAUACGGCUUUGAACCAAAGAAGCUGUUGGACCAACUGACAGAUAUUUACCUGCAGCUGGACUGUGCCCGGUUCGCCAAAGCCAUUGCUGACGACCAGAGAUCCUACAGCAAAGAGCUGUUUGAGGAAGUGAUCUCGAAGAUGCGGAAGGCAGGGAUCAAAUCCACGAUAGCGAUCGAGAAGUUUAAACUCCUAGCUGAGAAGGUGGAGGAGAUAGUAGCCAAGAACGCACGCGCAGAAAUCGACUACAGCGACGCCCCAGACGAGUUCAGAGACCCUCUGAUGGACACCCUGAUGACCGACCCGGUGCGGCUGCCCUCCGGCACCAUCAUGGACCGCUCCAUCAUCCUGCGGCACCUGCUCAACUCCCCUACAGACCCGUUCAACCGACAGAUGCUGACAGAGAGCAUGCUGGAACCAGUGCCAGAACUGAAAGAACAGAUCCACGCCUGGAUGAGAGAGAAACAGAACAGCGAUCAUUAAACCGUCCCCCGUGCCCACGCUCUGCUCGAGGCCAAGGCCAGCCAGGCAGAAGCAGCGUCGGUGGCGGAUAUGCUGUUCAGAUGUUGGAGGCCCAGCGCGGCAGGAGACCCCGAGAGCCCACCCAGAGCGACCAGACGGUGG